CUCCUUUCCCACCCGGGGCUUCGCCGGCUUCUAACCACGGCCGCUCUCGGUGAGGAAACUCUGGCCUCCGCUUCCUCCUCCUCCGACUCGGACACCGGCGGAGCGUCGCCGCCCCCACGGAAGAAACACCGAGCCUCGGCGGCGGAGGGAGCAGGAGAGUCCGGGGAUUCAACAGUUGCGACAGGCCUUUCUGGAGUUGUUUUGGGACUUGCUACUACUUCUCCACAUCACCAAGCCACCUCUGCUAUUCACUUUAACCGGACCCUUGUCAACAAUAUCAGCGGCAAUAACAUGCAGUCAAACGGGGCAGGACAGGGACAGGAUUCAGAGCUUUCCUGCCUGAACAGCGCGCAAAACGGGGAGUCAUCCUCGGCUGGGGGAACGCACUUCAACGGGCUUCUGGUCAGCACAAACAAUGGGAAUGGUGUCGGUACCAAUAACGGAGCCGGACCGGGCUCAGGGACUUCCACAGCCUCUGGUUCGGAGGUCGGCUCCAUGAAAAAGAAGAAACGCCUUUCGCAGUCGGAGGAAGAUGUCAUCCGAUUAAUAGGACAACAUCUCCACGGGUUAGGGCUAAAUCAAACAGUGGACCUGCUAAUGCAGGAGUCGGGCUGCAGACUGGAACAUACCUCAGCCACAAAGUUCCGCAACAACGUCAUGGAGGGGGAGUGGGAAAAGGCUGAGAAUGAUCUCAACGAGCUGAGGGCACUGAUGCAUUCUCCCAACGCUAUUGUGCGUAUGAAGUUCCUGCUCCUGCAGCAGAAGUAUCUGGAGUAUUUGGAGGACGGGAAGGUUCUCGAGGCUCUGCAGGUGCUCAGGGGAGAGCUCACGCCGCUCAAGUACAACACGGACCGCAUCCAUGUUCUCAGCGGGUAUCUGAUGUGUAGCCAUGCAGAGGACCUGCGCGCCAAGGCAGAGUGGGACGGCAAAGGCGCAAAUUCACGCUGCCGACUGCUUGACAAGCUACAGACGUACCUGCCCCCGUCGGUGAUGCUUCCCCCACGCAGGCUGCAGACCCUGCUGAGACAGGCUGUGGAGCUGCAGAGGGACCGCUGCCUCUACCACAACACCAAACUGGACAGCAGCCUGGACUCUGUCUCCCUGCUCCUGGACCACGUCUGCAGCCGGUCAGCAACACACUCAGGGAAGCAGUUCCCGUGCUACACGCAGCAGAUCCUCACAGAGCACUGUAACGAGGUGUGGUUUUGUAAGUUCUCCAACAACGGCACCAAGCUGGCCACCGGCUCCAAAGACACCACCGUCAUCAUCUGGCAGGUGGACCCUGAGAGCCACCAGUUGAAGCUGCUGCGGACCUUAGAGGGCCAUGCCUACGGUGUGUCCUACCUGGCCUGGAGCCCUGACGACGCCUACCUGAUCGCCUGCGGACCCGAUGACUGCUCCGAACUCUGGCUCUGGAACGUCCAGACGGGCGAGUUGCGGACCAAGAUGAGCCAGUCCCACGAGGACAGUCUGACCAGUGUGGCCUGGAACCCUGACGGGAAACGCUUUGUCACCGGGGGACAGAGGGGACAGUUCUACCAGUGUGACCUGGAUGGUAACCUGUUGGACUCGUGGGAGGGCGUGCGUGUGCAGUGCCUCUGGUGUGUGGGGGACGGCAGGACUGUGCUAGCAUCAGACACUCACCAGCGGAUCCGGGGUUACAACUUUGAGGACCUAACGGACAGAAACAUAGUUCAGGAGGACCAUCCUAUCAUGUCUUUCACUGUUUCCAAGAACGGAAGAUUAGCUUUGUUAAAUGUAGCAACUCAGGGAGUGCAUCUUUGGGACCUGCAGGACCGAGUGUUGGUGAGGAAGUACCAAGGUGUGACCCAGGGCUUCUACACCAUCCACUCCUGCUUCGGAGGCCACAAUGAAGACUUCAUUGCCAGCGGCAGCGAAGACCAUAAGGUCUAUAUCUGGCACCGACGCAGUGAGCUACCCAUUGCUGAACUAACAGGGCACACUCGCACAGUCAACUGCGUUAGCUGGAACCCCGCCAUCCCAGGCCUCAUGGCCUCCGCCUCGGACGACGGCACUGUGCGUGUCUGGGGCCCCGCACCCUUCCUCGACACACAGGUGGUCGACGGGCUCAAUGAGAACUGCAGCAACAUGGACAGUUGAUGGUGACAUUGGAAUGGAAAACUUAUUCUCUUUUACAUCAAGAAAUAAAACGAACCAACAAGAAAUAAACAUCAAAACGAGAACGAAAUCCAAAACCUUACAAAACAGAAAAGUAAAUCAAUUGUCUCAUGACCGGGCAAAACUAUGGAGGUGAGGAUGAAAACACUCUUACAAAACUAGGUCUUCAUCCAAAACCAGAACCAGUGACUUGGAAGACCAGUGACCUGGGAAAUCGAUCUGAUCCAUUGGUACUCCCUGCUGGCUCCCUCUUCUUCCACCCCCUUUCCCAGCAAGGCCACAGCCACACCAGGGGCUCUCCCCUGAAUAUUCCCCUGGAAACCCACCUCUUCCCUGGGCCUCAGGCACAGCAUCACGCCCCUGACCCCUUCAGACAGCCAUUACAGACCAUCUACAUGGAUUGGACCGUGUCUGUCAUCUGUCUCUCUCACCUACCCGUGUGUGUCCAUGGGGAGGGUGAUGGGGUGUUAAAAGGGGUGGAGGGGGUUAUAGCAACUCUUCCGUUUAUUAGUUUUUCUGUUCUCCUUUCUCCUCUUGCUCCUUUCUUCGCACUUGAGUUGUUGGAUGAAAGCAGAAAAUCAACACAAAACCAACCAACCGACAAAGAAAAACUCAAAGGCUAUGCUUACUUUGAUUUUUUUUUUUACGAUAGUCAUAGCAUUCUUAUUGUUAUCAUUUAACAGGUGAAUCCUAGGGUUGAACUAGGAGUAGUGGCCGUGGAGUGCUUUAGUGUGAAGAAUACUCUCUCAAUUAGGAAAAGCUAAUUUUAUCCCUUGUUUAAAGUCUAACACGGACACACUCGCGCCAAUGUCCCCCGAGUCGCACCCUCUGACUCCCCCUAUCUCCCGCUUCCGAGCUUAAGCUAUCAACCGCACAGCUCACAGUUCCACUAGAUCUGCCUGUUGGGAGGGGGUAAAGGUCAGCUGUCAAAGGUGAGAGGUCAGUGGUAGCUGGUGUAGUGUGGUUGCGUCUCCGCUGUAGGGCCAAGCGUGAACCAGUCCUCGUGUUGAGUAUCUCUAAGAAUGACAUACUCUUGGAUGUAGAGGUCUGUACAUGCAACUAUUGCCGUACACUGAGGACUGCACCUGUCCUUCCUCUGUGUGUGUGUAUGGAUGAGCUUGUGUGUAUGGGUGAACUUCUGGGUUUUUGUUUAGGUGAGUGAAUGCAGGGGCAUGCACACCAGCAGAAGAUCAUGCUUCCCCCUCCUCCCCCAGUGAAAUUAUAAAGAGGAUUUUAAUCCAUUUUCAAAUUAAUCCAAAACCCCAGAGCGACCUCUAUCUGUGGAACAAAUAAUACUUGGAGAGCCAUUUUGUAGAAACUCUUUUUUUUUUUUUUUACUUGGGCUUUUCUUUUUACAUUUGACUUUGCUUUUUUAUAUAUUUCUCCUUAACAACACCUACCAUUGGAAUGGCACUGAGAUACCGGAGUUGGAUCAGUUUUGUGGGAAAAUUCACAGCUUUACAGAGUUUUCCCCUUUACACACACACCCCCGCCUGUCCCCUCCAGACACACACCCACAUGUACGCCCAAAACACGUCACUGAGGUCUACCCCUAGUCACACCUUUGACAGAGCUGGAUAGGUAUAGGCAAGGUUUUAUGGGUGGAAGUGAUCAUAUUGGAAUCUGGCUCACGCCACACUUCCAUGCACCCUACACAGUACACAGUAGUGCAGCGUUCUUAUUGUUAAGCAUACAGAACCAAACACAACCUCCGGCAUAUACACAGGCAUAGCUGCUCCAUCUUACAUAGGCUUACAGCCCUUACUGAGCAAGACUGAUUUCUGCACAACACCCCUUUCUCUCCAGCCAAGUCCUCCUUUUCAGUGAUGAAGGCACCAUACAGAGCUUUCUUCCUCCCGAUUCGGGGUAUGUAAUGACUAUUUGCUAUGGACUGAUAUUAAAUGUUUAAAAAGAACGCUUUUCUGUCCGUUUUUAUGAAAUAUUUUCUUACUUUCAUUUUUUGUUCUCAUUAUAUAAUUUCAUUCUCUCUCCCUGUAUUAUCAUAUUAAAAUAUAACCAGACAACUGGUGUCCUAUAUAUUUUUUUUAAUUCAUCUUAUGAUUAGUUUUGUCUUUCGGGUUUCAUUUUUACUUAUCCACUACUUCUUACAUAUUAAUAGUGAAUAUGCACAGUAACACUCAUGCCAAUAUGAGUGGGUUGAGUUAUGUUUUGGGAGUGUGUUACCUUAAGAAUCAGGUUUAAAAUGUCCACCCCUCGUCUUUUAAAAGUGAGACAUUGUGCAGUGAUUCAAUACUCAUGUCUCUGUGGAAUAUGUCCAGGACAAAAAAAUUGUGCUUUUUUUUGUGCCACUGUUGGUUGCGUUUGCUGUUUCUACCCCUACCAAAAUCAAAGCACUUGAGACUCGAUCGUGGCUCUGUAGGUAUGUGUGAUUCCACGAUCUGUGUUUCACAUUCUGGAAUGGUGCUUUUCCCAUUCUAGAACCUUCCAUCUCUUGGACCCCUGAAUGGACUUGAACUGCCCAUCCACACCUUAUGUCAUGUCUGAGGAGUUGAGGCAAAUAAAAAGUGAAGAACCCAAAAGCUUUCACAAAGUUAUAAUUCACCUGCUGGUGACAUGCUAUGUCUGAAUGCAACUUGGUGUCUACUCUUCCUUUGUCUUGGAGUUUCUAGGACUGUUUAUGAUUUGAUGCUAAUAGCUAUCUUAUUUCUCUCUCUGGAGGUGUUGGGGCUGGGUGGGGGAGUAAGGGUUUACGGUAGCAGAUUAAAAGAGUAAUUGUGGGACGGGGAUCUGUUUGCAUUUGUUUUAUUUACAAAAGUGAUUGUACUGUUUUGUAUCGUUGUGUAGGAGAAGUGUUGUGUGCAUAUUUUCAAUAAAGCUUUCAGGGUUUUGAAAAAGA